GGUAGCUACCACAUGGAAAAGGAGGGACUACGACGAAGUCUGGACCAUCUGCAAUCCAAUGGCUUGGCUGUGGAUUAUAUUGUUACAGACAGACGCCCACAGAUCCAGAAGUUUCUGAGAGAUCUACAAAUUACACAGUUUUAUGACGUGUGGCACUUUGAAAAAGGUUUGUCCAAGAAACUGCAGAAAAUUGCUAAAAACAAAGACUGUCAGAUUUUGAAUAAGUGGCUGCGUGCCAUAAAGAACCACGUGUACUACAGUGCAACGUCCUCAACAUCGGGCCCAGAGAAGGUGGCAAAGUGGACAUCUAUACUAAAUCACAUGCAGGAUGUGCAUACUCACGACAACCCCAUUUACCCAAAGUGUGCACAUGCUGACAGGGUGUCGAAGGAUAAAAACAAGUGGUUCCAGCCAGGGUCAGUUGCACUGUACAAGGUAGAAAAGACCCUGACCAACAAGAGGGUCCUGAAAGACGUGGAGAAGCUAAGCCACCACUACCAGACUUCUACGCUGGAGUCCUUCCACAGUUUGGUUCUGCGGUUUGCUCCUAAAAAUGUGGUUUUUCCAUAUGUUGGGAUGUUAUGCAGGUUGUACCUUGCAUCCAUGCAUCACAACGAAAAUUCCAGCCGUGAGCAGGCAACAACAGCUUUAGGCCAAGCUGUCUACAGAGUGUCGUAUUCGAAGGCCAAGAAGGGAGAACCCACCGCAAAGCCGGUCAAAACAGACCCCACGUACAACUAUGUGGCUGAAUUGAUGAGGCUGGUGUUCGAGGAGGUGAUGGAGGACCCAGAGUCUUUCGCUGAGGACAUGAGGAAGAUCGCCAUCCCAGAGACCCUGUCAGCCCAGUAUGACAGACCCUCAAAGGAGGAAGUCAUUGCCUCACAUGUGACCCGCUUCAGUCAAGGGGUGGGCGGAAGCCAACAUAUUGUCCAGCCAGAUCAGGAAACUCCUGGCGUAUCCGGCACACAACACACGACGGGAUGACAACUCGUACACGUCGUCCCAAAUAUCCCCAGCACCAGCUGACAAAGCUGCGGUAUGCUAAAUGCCGGUAGCGACUGGAAAGUGGAUAGAAAUGUAAAAAAAAUUAAAUGCUGCUCUUGCACUGUGCACAUUUUGUGUAAAAAGUUUUUAUUAAACAUUUCUAAUACACAA